UCUUUACUGAGCCGUUCCAAGCAGAGGGGAGGUGUCGCUCAGACAGUCAGUGAGUCUGCUGUCAGUGAGUGUUUCACACACACACAAACACACAGAGCCACACAAGACCGGAACUUCACCCUCCCAUCCACUCCGCUCACAACUGGACAGCCAGCUGGUAUCAACUCAGACCGAGAGGGACAGCAGAGAGAGAUAUUGCGGAGAGCGAGAGACACAGAGCCAGGGAUAGAGAGAGCGACAGACUGUGAGAGACACAGACAGAGAGAGAGAGAGAGGGUAGAGGGGGACAGCGAUAGAUAAAGGAAAAGAGACAGAGCUACAGAAAGUGAGUGAUAGAGAGAGAGAGAGACACACACAGGUUAAAGGGAGAGAGUGACAGAAAAGGAGAAAGACAGAGAGAGAGGUACAAAGCGUCAGAGACAGACACAGGUCAGAGCCGGGAAGCGAUAGAGAAAGAGAGAACAGUGAGAGACCGAGACGGGGAGAGAAAGGAAGAGUCAGAGAGAAAGGGAGAGACACAGAGCAGAGAGAAGGAGUGACAGAGGGGAUAUAAAGAGAGAUAGCUAGGUGAGAGAACAAGUGAUAGGUCAGAGGAAGAGAGAGAGAGACAGAGGGAGGGAGAGAGACAGGAGAGAAGUGUUUGUGAGAGAGAGAGAGAGAGAUAUCACAGAAAGCAAGGUGAAAGAAGGAGCGACAGAGACAGCCUUGCAGAGGGGUAGAGAAAGAGAGACAGACGUACAGGGAGAGACAGAGACACCGGAGAGGGAGCCGAAGGAGUUCGCCUCACAUGCGGGGAAGCAGCAGGUAGAAGAGAUCUCCCUGUAAAGUGAGGACACUCACAGCCAAACAGUCUUGGUGGAGAAAGAAAGGACUGCGUUUUUCAUGUGCAGUGAGCUCUGUCGAUCUGGGAGUGAAAGGCCGCUGGUCGUCCCAGUUGGCUGCUCCUCAGGUUCAAUUCCUUUCCACGUCCACUAGCGACCAGCCAGAUGGCGCAGUCGGAGAAAGUGCACGUCGAUUCCCCGGGAAUCCAGACCCAGCCGGAACCCGGGAGAGCGAGCUCCCGCCGCGAUAACAGGUGUGGAGGUGGCCAUUCCUCAGAUAGCCAGCGUUCCCUUAUUGGUGAUGAAUUCAGUGCUAAUGAGAGUUCCCAGCUGAUACCAAGUUCAGGAGAACCGACUGUAGAGACUCUGCAAGAUCCAUCGCUCGCUCGGCCCGGACCUGCCUCAGGGGACACCGCAGAGAAGAGAGGGAGUGCCACAGCCAGCGGCAUUCAGCCCCGGGCAGGCCUGCCCCCCGUCUGUACCUCCCCGAGCACCUGCUCCGACAAGACCCGCCUGGGAUCCACCUCCUCCGUCUACACACGGACUAGUUACAAGUCAGCCAGCACCCAGCUCCCACCUCCUGCUGGAGAAGACUGCUGCUUGCAUUGCCUGUUGGCAUGCCUGUUUUGUGAGCUGUUGGUGUUUUGUGACCUUCUGCUGGAGUGUGGCCCCCAGGGAGCAGGGAGUGAGCCGAGCUGCCCCGUCCCGGCCUGUGGAGACGCAGAUGAUGGCUGUCCCUGCAGCUUGGAGUGCAGCCUGCUGGAGGAUUGCUGCAGCUCAGCCGAUUGUUUGGAGAUCUGCCUGGAGUGUUGUUCCAUCUGCUUCGCGGCCUGAGGCCAGCUAGGCCCGGGGCAACGGGGGAGGCCUAGCUAAGCCGGGGCCUGAGGCCAGCUAGGCCCGGGGCAACGGGGGAGGCCAAAAGAUUCUCUGUUCCCGAUUCCGCCCCAACCCCUCCCUGACACACCAUUCCCUGUCUCCCAGUCGCUUGCUUUUGUCUGCACCACGACACCUUUCCUCAACUGCCCCAAGACUUUGUCAACAUCCCCCGCCGUCCCCUUCCCCGCUCCCUCCCCCUCCCC